AUGGCGAUCUUCUAUGCCUUGGUGGCCAGAGGCACGGUAGUGCUGGCGGAGUUCAGUGCCGUCACCGGCAACACCGGCGCUGUCGUCCGCCGCAUCCUCGAAAAGCUUCCGGCGGAGUCAGACUCCAGGCUCUGCUUCUCUCAGGAUCGCUACAUCUUUCAUAUACUCCGAUCUGAUGGCAUCACCUACGUCUGUAUGGCCAACGACACCUUCGGAAGGAGAGUCCCUUUCUCUUACUUGGAAGAUAUCCAAAUGAGGUUUAUGAAGAACUACAGUAGAGUUGCUAAUUAUGCCCCAGCUUAUGCAAUGAAUGAUGAGUUUUCAAGGGUUUUGCAUCAGCAGAUGGAAUUUUUUUCUAGUAAUCAGAGUGCUGAUACCCUCAAUCGUGUGAGGGGUGAAGUUGGUGAGAUACGCACUAUCAUGGUGGACAAUAUAGAAAAAAUAUUGGAGAGAGGUGACCGGAUUGAGCUUCUUGUUGAUAAGACAGCAACAAUGCAAGACAGUGCAUUCCACUUUAGGAAACAAUCAAAGCGCCUUCGAAGAGCUCUUUGGAUGAAAAAUUUCAAACUACUGGCCUUAUUGACAUGCUUGAUUGUUGUUGUGCUUUAUUUAAUAAUCGCUGCUUGCUGUGGAGGCCUCUCUCUACCAUCCUGCAGAUCCUAA